GGUGAAGUGCGAGGAGAAGCUGUGCGCCCGGUGAGCGACUGCCGCUGAAGAGACAACACCGCUGUCUGCACUCAGCCCGACUUGCAACUGGCAAUGGAUCAGCACCAGGACUACAUGAACAACGCCUCCAACAGCUACAGCUCUGGAGACACCAUGAGCGCCUCCUUAGCCGGCAUGACCAUCAACGACCUGCACCACCAGGAGAAUGGAGUCAGAAGCCCAGGAGAUGCCAAAAUGAAAGAGAAGGAAGCAGCGCUGAGUGAGAAUGGGGUUAAAGCUGUUUCUGAGCUCUCGCAGCUCGAGAGCAGCCGCUGUGAUGACAAGGUGCAACAUAAUGCCUCUGGAGAGGAUGAGGUGCAGCCCGCCGGAGCAGCGUCAACAGCUCAAGCGAAGGUUGAUAACGACGCUGUGGAAAGCAAGACACAAACUCCCACCAAAACUAGACCAACCUCUUCCCUUAAAAGACCAUCCAAAGUCACCAAGGGCCCCAAAACACACGCUCCCUCCCGAAAUGGCCCCAGCUCGAUCCCCACUAAAACCAGCAGCGCAGAGCACAGGCAGCCCCGAGCUCCCGGUGGUGCGAGGCCUCAGGCCUCAGGAACCAAGAUCCCCGCCAAAACAGGUCAAUCAGCUAGCGCCAAGAAACCAUCCACUCCAAAAAAUGAAAAAGAUGGUGCAAGUGGACAGAGCAGCCCUGGUACUCCCAAAUCCCCCUCUAGUCAAGCACUUUCUGCUAAGGCUGCGGCCGAGGCCAACAAGGUGAAGAAGAUUGCAGUGGUGCGUUCCACACCCAAGUCCCCCGGCUCCCUGAAGACCCGCCCGCCAGCUCCCCUGGCCACUGCUGUGCCCUUGCCAGACCUGAAGAAUGUCAGGUCCAAGAUUGGCUCCACUGAAAACAUCAAACACCAGCCUGGGGGUGGCAAGGUACAAAUCCUUGAUCGGAAGAUGGACUUGACUACUGUCCAGUCUAAGUGUGGCUCCAAAGACAAUAUCAAACAUGUACCCGGUGGCGGCAAUGUCCAAAUCCUCGAUAAGAAGUUGGACUUAACCAACGUCCAGUCCCGUUGUGGCUCCAAAGACAACAUAAAGCACACACCCGGUGGAGGCAAGGUUAAAAUACUUGAUCAGAAGAUCGACUUUAGUAAUGUCCAGUCUAAGUGUGGCUCCAAAGACAAUAUCAAACAUGUACCCGGUGGCGGCAAUGUGCAAAUUCUUGAUAAGAAGUUGGACUUAAGCAAUGUGCAGUCCCGGUGUGGCUCCAAAGAUAAUAUAAAACAUGUACCCGGUGGUGGCAAUGUUCAAAUUGUGCACAAAAAGAUUGAUCUGAGCAAUGUUACAUCUAAAUGUGGCUCAAAAGACAACAUUCGCCAUAAGCCAGGUGGCGGAAAUGUUGAGAUCAGAAAUGAGAAAAUGGAUUUCAAAGUCCAAUCCAAGAUCGGCUCCCUUGACAACAUCGGCCAUGUGGCUGGGGGUGGACAGAGGAAGAUUGAGACCCACAAACUGACCUUCCGCGAGACGGCCAAGGCCCGCACCGACCACGGCGCCGAGAUCAUCUCCUUGGAAGACUCCCCCCACCAGCUCAGCACCGUGUCCUCCUCUGGCAGCAUCAACAUGGCGGACUCUCCGCAGCUCUCCACACUGGCUGACCAGGUGUCCGCCUCUCUGGCCAAACAAGGCUUGUGAAUGCACACUGUUUUCCUCGAGGCCCCCCUCAGCCACACUGUCACGUAGAGGAGUUGUGAUGCCUUCCUCGUCAUUUUCACAGGACUUUUUUAGCUACCCAUCACUGUUUAUCCUUCACUAACAAUUGAAACUGUUCUUGAGGCAUUACUAGAAGAGUUCUUCAAAAAAAAAAAAAGAGAAAAAAAAAGAAAAGAGAUUAAAAAAGUAGGCCAAGAUGUGUUACUUCAUUUCUCUCUGUGGUCCUUGAUCUCUUAUUCGCCAUUAUUUGUACCUUUUGUAAGUGUCCCUUUAAGAGUUGAAGCACCCCAGCAGAGCAGAAUUGUCCCUGUGGUUCUGGAUAACCAUUUGUCAUCCACAUCCUGUCAAGUAUAGUCCUUUUGACUCAAUUUACCAUCACCAUGACUGCAAACCCCUUAUGUUUUCAGUGUACAAAUCAUCUUUGAUGGGUGCCCCCUGAUGGUUUUUUGAUACAUAGAAAACGACUUGGAAAAGAGAGGGUUGCAGACUGUAGGGGUCCAAUUUGUACCGGACGAGAACAUAAAACAGUUUCAGGAUAUGGUGAGGGGGGUGUCUGAUUAAAUUCAUUAAAGUAGCAAAGUUUUCAUAAAGACAGGAAAAUGCUUUUGGACUUCAUAGCCGUCUUCGCUCUGUGUAGCCCCUACAUUUGCUGCACACCCGGGUGGAUUUAAAGGGGGUGGACAAAAAAAAAAGAAAAGAAAACAAUGGCUAGACUAGAAACAUCGGUUUGUGUUGGGCACAGUUUUAUAAUUGUAUUCUGUGGAUAUGACAUGUAUUUGAUAUGGAGAAACAUUUGUAUGGUGCCUGCUACUGUCAGUGUUAAUUUAUUUUUUAUGUUACUGCUCUAUUGUAAAUGCGCUAAAGCUUGACUUAUGAGGUGGAAAAUUAUGCUUAGGCAUUUUAAGUGUAAAUGUCACGGCCAAAAAUACCCAGUGUUUUGAAAGAGAUGAGUGGGGUGGGGUGAGUUAGAAUGGUUCAGUGGGUGACAGCCACAGGAUUCAGGGCUUGUUCAGCUCAUCACUAAUUGCAGAAUCAAGUCAAUUGCAUUCAUGUGCUCUUACCUGGGAAAUGCAGUGUUCAUUGCAGUAAUGGCCAAAAUAUAACAAGUUAAAGAAAACGCCCUACAUAUACAACAUAUACAACAUUGCAAAAAAAAAACAAAAAAAAAAAAAAAAAAACAUCUGAAAUGACUUAUCCCAGUAUGAAUAUGGCUGUCUUGAGAAGUGGAGAUACAUGACAAUGGAUGUGUGGAUUGGCGUGCAAGUCGAGAUGAGGGAUUUGGCGAGCGUCGUUAAACUGAGCAACAAGAGAAACUGUAUAGCUGCGCGGUCAUUUGCUUAAGGCCCGUAAGGAGGCUUACUUGUAACUGGGCACUGAACAUGUAAAAAAAAAAAACAAACAAAAAAAAAACACACAAUUUGUGCUCCAUCAUGUGGCACUCUGCUGGUUGCGUUCCCGUUAUCAGUGAGAGAGGGCUUGAGCUCUCUGCCGGUCAGAUGUUCCCAAACAUUUCACGUGCCAGGGUUCACGCAGAAAGACAAUGAGCUACGUACCCAAAUUUGAAAAGUGAUUCUGAUUUGAUAGACAAACUCCUCAUGCUGUGAGCAGGAAGGUAACAGAUCAUUCGCUCACUGUCCUGAUAAAAUGAUAGAAUCGUGAGAUGACAGCAUGAGGACACCCUGGAAACUGGCAUGGACAUCUGGUGACCCCUGGACCCCACUUUGGGAAUUACUCCUUCAGAGAAUUUGAGUCCACUGGAUCAAAACAUGUCAGUGGAUCCAUUCAAACAUAAAUCCUUCAUUUAAUUGUAAUUAACCUGUAGAUUGCCAAGAUGAUUGACUUUUUUCCUUUUUUUUUUUUUAUAAGGUUUUAUUGUACAGAAGCUUACUGUAUGGUAUGCUUUACAUGCUUUUUUUUUUUUUUUUUCAAAAGCAAUCUUUCUGAUUCGUUUCAUUUACCUGUGAAUGAAAAAUAAUUUUGUAUCUGUUACAAUGGAAUGAACGCAACCAGCCGGAGCUUAUGCUGCGUUCAAGACAACUGGAAAAUUUCCUGCUUUGGAACACGAGCAACCUAUUUGAAUCGGGCCUCGAUUUGCUGAUUUGUAAUGAAAACUUGGCAUACUUAAAGAUCAGCACCUGGAAACUUGCAAAACUAGAAGGUUAACGUGUUGAGUGUUAAAUUUGCACAGCAGCCCUUUGGCCUUGGCACUGUGCGUCUGUUCCGAAAGCGGCAAAACAAACGCAGCUUUGUGUCGGGCGUCCACGGCGUUCCCACCUAAACCAGCUGAACGCUCCGAGGUGGGAGGAAGGAAACUCCAAAGUGGGAACUGUCUCCACUCCCAGUUGUCUUUCGACGCAUUACUUGUCACUUUCCCUCCCCUUUUGCCUGUGCUGUUUCCUCAAUUUGUAAUAGGCAGAAAAAUAUGUGGUCCUUUAAUAGAAACACUUGAAAAAUAUGCUGACUUCAUGUGCUCUAAAACGUCAUCCUAAUGUUGAUCAAUAUUCCUAGUGACUCAUCACUAUUAAUCUCAUAAAUAGCUAUCAUAAUUAAACUUCUAGCAUGCAUCUCAUGUAAGAGAAAGCUGUCUGUCCGUUGCCUCCCUUUCACAAAGUAUCCUGUUAGUAUCCGCUUUCUUAAUUUACUAGGAGGGAUAUACUACAUAGCCUAAGACUGGUUUUACAAAGUGUGUGUGGGCGGGGCUAACCUUUGAGGCAACCGCCCUGCUACAGGUGGUGAUGAAGAUGAAUUGGUAACGCAAAACGACAGGUGUUCCCACCUUGUUCUUGUAUUGCCGAGAUGCUUUCUGUUUCCAGUUGGACUCCUAAGAGAACAGGUGUGUAGGACUUAAGGGUGUGCUUGCAACAUGAUAAUCUGCAUGCUCAAUUCUUGGUUCUUUUUGAUCACUACUAGACAAUAUUCAUCUCCGUGUGUAAGGCAGACAUGAGUGCUGUGCUCAGUGAGGGAUGGGAGGCUGCUCCCACUGCACAGAGGUGAAGGAAUUUCUUGGGAAAAGGUUUUGCUUUAGUGGUCCUCUCCAAGUACUCCUUUGUACUGCAGCUACUGGAGAGGGUUUUUUUUUUUUGUUUGUUUUUUUGCAGUAACAAAUCUCAUCACCUUUUUGGUUAUUUUUUUGACGCUAUACAGUUGUGGAAAUGUGAUUGUUAUCGUUAUUGUGCAUUUUAUCAAUAACUGGUUUAUGAUGAUUCUUGUUGCUGUAUAUGUGUAUUUGAAAAUAAAUGCUAUCAAGUCACUGCCUUUGCAA